AUCUACGAAAAAGCUCCCUUUUUGUUUCUUAAACACAAUCGUUUUUUUGCAUUUGAACAUCUCAUGAGAAGCAUCAAAGCAGUGGUAGUGGGUGACGGGGCCGUAGGUAAAACUUGUCUCUUGAUCAGUUAUACUACUAAUACGUUUCCCAAUGAUUACAUCCCAACCGUUUUCGACAAUUACUCGGCUUCUGUUUUGAUAGACGGAGAAGUGGUUAAAUUGGGACUCUGGGAUACUGCUGGUCAGGCGGAGUACGACCGAUUGAGACCUUUGAGUUAUCCACAAACUGAGAUCUUUUUAUGCUGCUUUUCAGUGGUAUCGCCUGAUUCUUUCCACAAUAUCAAAUCCAAGUGGAUACCUGAAUUAUUACAUCAUUCGCCUAAGGAUAUCUUGAUUUUACUUGUAGGAACCAAGGUUGACUUGAGAGAUGAUUUACACAUUUUGGAUGAUUUGAGUGAAAAAAACUUGAAGCCUAUAACGCUUGAGCAAGGUACAAAAAUGGCCAAGGAAUUGGGAUGUGUUAGAUAUAUGGAAUGCUCUGCUGCCACUCAACAGGGCGUCAAUGACGUAUUUGACUAUGCUAUAAGUGCUGUAUUGGAUCCUCCCGUCAAAGAGCUGGCACAAACUUAUCAAACUAAAACUGUUGCUGAUAAGAGUGGAGCUGGGACCGGUGGAUCUACUCAAAGAAAAAGAACCGUUAGAAAGAGCAGAAAGUGUUCUAUUUUGUAAGUGUAUCAACUUAUGCGGACAGUUAUUCAGUAAGCCUGUCGGUAUAUUGUUUUCUGAAAAUGAAGCAUGUUGUUAAUAGAAUCCAUGUACGUUUGUAAUAAUCCAUGUAUGCUUCUAUAUUACUAUGUAACCGUAUGCUACUUGUUCACCAUUGCUAAUCUGGAUGGAUGUAUGCCUUCAGUAUCAGCACCAUCUACCGCCGCACUUCCCUUCGUCUUGACCCGGUCCCUUCUUUCUUCCAAAAGCUUAUCGUUCUUGCCCUUGAUCUUCUGUACUCGGGUCUCAGAGUUACCACCACCUCCAACAGUCAACUCCACGUUGAUCUUCCGAGUUCUUACCAUAGAAUGAUGCAUUCUCAAAGCUGAUUCCAUCUUACUUUGGAUUUCCCUAGUAUCGUUGUCGAACUCCAAGAACGCUAUUCCCUUGUCUUUCCUUAUUCUCAUUCUGUCAGGCUUGGAAUUUUUGAAAUGUUUAGCCAAUUCGGUUUCAGAAACAUCGUACGGAAGGUUCCCCACAAACAAAAGGAAACGAGGGCCUUUACCACCGUUGACCCCUUUACCCUUCUUACCUCUUCUGGUCUUUCUUUUCUUUUUAGGUGCAUCUUCAUCACUGGCGGCACUUACCUCAUCUCCAAGUUUUCUCUUUUUUUGGGUUUCUGUAUCCGUUGGUUUUGGCUCCUCCGGCUUCUUCUCCUUCUUCUCAAUCUUCUUUCUGAACUCAAGAGCUUUUCUCUGUUUUUUGGUGAGCUUCUCUUCUUCCAUACCGACGUCUGUUCUUAGGUUAC